AUGGCCAUCGAUUUCCAGCCCAAGUCACUCCGUGAUCUCGUUCACUUGCACGGCAUUUGGAAAAGCCCGCUCGCAUGGACAUCGACCCAUCUAGACCUGCUUGGAUGCCAGUUCAAGAGUGACGAUGCCUCCGGGCUACAUCCAGAGGAACAUCACAGCACUCGUCACCCCCAGGUGCACUUAGUUGUCCGAUCUGCGGCAUCUGCCAACUUGGCCGAAACCAUGACCGUUCACCGCGAUAUCACAGUUAGACAAAGAUGCCUCGAAUUCAUACUCCGGAAGGACAUAUUCACGAGGGUAAGGGCUCGAAUGCCUGAGCGCUGGAUGCCACCCUGCGUCCUCUUUAUUGGCAAGGCAAAUUCCUGGGAAUGCCUAGCAGGAGACCCAGCCCGGUUUGCCGGUUUCAUAGACUACGCGGCCAUCACAAAAUACAGAUGGGAACGAAUAUGGAGUCCCGGUCCUGCAGAUUCCCAGUUACCCCAGGCCAGCAUUGAUGCUCACGCAUUUCGUGUUGCUCAAAUUACCCCCAAGAAUUGGUGUAAGGACCCAUACUUCUCCUAUCUCUUGCUGGUAGUCGCUCAGACCCAACACUUCCGAUGCGAAGAGAAUUGCCUCGAGAGCACCUACACACCCCGUCUCUUGGUACAUAAUUGGUAUCUCGAACCCAACCAUAUCUACCUGUUCUGGGCUCGGUUUAGUGCCAAGAUGAUCCAGGCACUCAAAGGCCUGUUCCAAUCCAGGGAGAGCGUUCAGUGGCCCAGUAUUCAGUGGGAAAAGCUUCCCAUCAAGCCAUACAAUUCCUUCAAGGAGCAACUUGUGAGCGAGAUUUUUCAAGGUUCGAGGAAGCAAGAUCAAGCGCAUCAAGAUUGUGAUAUGCUGCAUGAGGGCGAGCAUGGUGACCAAGAAAGUCAAAGAAGACCGAUGAAAGAUUUGUUCGAAGGUUCUGGACAGACCUGCAAAAGCGAGAUGUCGAAAAACAGGAAAGGUAUCCAGCAGGGCGAAAAGCGACUUGCGAUGGGAGAACUCGUUGAGACAGACAAUGCGAUUUCGACGAAAAGGCGCAAACUUGAAUCGCCAGGUGUCUUAUCCAAGGAGCUUUCCAUUCGACCUGUAAGGCAGCAUUUUAAGUCGAAAGUCGAGAUGAAAAGACCCGGGGAAUUCAACAAGCGCGAGGAGAACGUGAAAGAGGCCGAUGUCAGUGAACAAGACAGUCCGAAAAACAAGAGGAAGAAUAAAAAAACCCCUUGGGCCACGCAAGUUACAACGGCAGGCGGCCCAUAG